AGGCGACUGUGCCUUUAAGAAACAAGUCCACGCAGCGCACGAAGGGCUUUUUCUUUCUUUUUUCCCGUUGCUAUUAUUCCUCGCCGCGCCUUCGGCUCCAUCACCAGACGAUGCACAUCUAUCUCUGCGCCGGACAGAAAUGACAGACCCUGAACAACCACGGUCAGCCUGUUAAAAAAAAAGUAAUGGAUCCAGUGUGACCUUUUAUUUUUUAACAACAUCUCAUCCUGCUGGCCUUUACAACUCGGUAGCUAUGGAAACUUGUCCCAGAGGCUGCACCCCAGCGGUGCGCCUUUGUCAGAAACUGAACCGACUCAAGACACUGGAUGAUGACAUGAUGGCCACGUCGCUGAAACGCUGCCUCUCGACCCUGGACCUGACUCUGUUGGGGGUCGGUGGCAUGGUGGGCUCUGGGCUCUACGUCCUGACGGGAACGGUGGCCAAAGACAUUGUUGGGCCUGCUGUCAUCGUAUCCUUCAUUAUUGCGGGAUUUGCCUCUCUGCUGGCUGCUUUUUGUUACGCAGAGUUUGGAGCGCGCAUCCCCAAAACAGGAUCGGCCUACAUGUUUACUUACGUAUCUGUGGGAGAGGUCUGGGCCUUUCUCAUUGGUUGGAAUGUGAUUUUAGAGAACAUGAUCGGUGGCGCUGCUGUGGCCCGUGCCUGGAGUGGCUAUCUGGACUCCAUCUUUAACCACGCCAUCCAGAACUUUACAGAGACACACAUUAUGCAGUGGAACGUGCCCUUCCUUGCCCAUUACCCCGACGUCCUUGCGGCAGGCAUUCUAGUAGUUGCCUCAUUCUUUAUUUCUUUUGGAGUUCAAGUGUCCUCCUACCUCAAUCACAUCUUCUCCACUAUUAGCAUGUGUGUCAUCAUUUUCAUUCUGGUGUUUGGCUUCAUUCUGGCUGAGCCGGUCAAUUGGAGCAAGAAGGAAGGAGGUUUCGCACCUUUCGGGCUCUCUGGAAUACUGGCGGGAUCGGCCACAUGCUUCUACGCAUUUGUGGGCUUUGACGUGAUUGCGUCUUCAAGUGAGGAGGCGAAGAACCCUCAGAAAUCUGUUCCCAUUGCCACAGCCAUCUCCCUUGGAUUGGCAGCUGCGGCUUACAUCCUGGUCGCCACGGUGCUGACCCUAAUGGUACCCUGGCACACGCUGGACCCCAACUCGGCUCUGGCAGAUGCUUUCUUCCGCCGGGGUUACAGUUGGGCUGGAGUUAUUGUGGCAAUCGGUUCCAUCUGUGCCAUGAACACUGUGCUGCUCUGUAAUCUCUUCUCCCUCCCUCGGAUUGUGUACGCCAUGGCAGAGGAUGGCUUGUUUUUCUCCAUUUUCGCACGAGUCAACCCCAUCACCAAAGUCCCUGUCAAUGCCAUAUUGGUGUUUGGACUCCUCAUGGCCACCAUGGCUCUCGUCUUUGACCUGGAGGCACUGGUUCAGUUCUUGUCCAUUGGCACCCUCCUGGCAUACACCUUUGUGGCGGCGAGUGUUAUUGUGCUGCGUUUCCAGCCUGACAAAACCAGCUCCAAGGGAACCGCUUCCACGUCGCCCAACCCUUCUGCCGGUCCGUCCGAGGCCCCCUCAGAGUCGCAGACCAUAAACGAAGACAGCGGGGAGCUGAAGCAGUACGAGUCCUUCUCUGACAAACUCCAGUUGGUAGAGCGACAGGCCUCAACGGAGCACCGUGGGGUGGGACAGCUGAAGGCCUACUGGGAACCGUACCUGGGCAAGCUGCUGGGGCAGUGUGAGCCGGGCGAGGUGGUGGGUCACUGCGUGCUGACUGUAAUAGUGAGCUCAGUCUCCCUCUGUGCGGUUGUAGAAUUUGGUACCAAACAGCUGCAUCUGCCCGCCUGGAGCUUCAUAAUGCUGCUGGUGAUUUUCAGCUUAGCUUAUGUUCUCAGCCUGACACUCAUCUGGUUACACGAGCCACAGACCAGCAGCAAAACAUUCCAGGUACCCUUGGUUCCAUUGACUCCAGCUGCCAGUAUUCUCAUUAAUAUAUUCCUCAUGAUGAAGCUCAGCUACCUAACCUGGAUUCGUUUCACCGUAUGGAUUGCUGUAGGUCUCUUAGUGUAUUUUGGCUACGGAAUCUGGCACAGCAAGGAGGGACUGCGGGCGCUGCAGCCCAAAGACAUGGCCGCCCGCUACGUGGUGCUACCCAGCGGCAGCCUGGUAGAGACGGUGCAGUCCGUCCAGCCCGAUGGACAACCGGACACCUCGACGCACCACGUCACCCCCUCUGCUGCCCCGACAUCUGAGGAGUACGCAGGAAAUAGAUGAUGUGUGACCAAAAGUCAUUACUACGUCCCGGUAAUGUCUGUUGUCUCCCACUCAUGUGCUUCAGUGUCUCACUCUGGUUGGCGCGUGACUCGCCCGCCACAGUCUAUACUCGUUGCUUUCCAAACGUAAGCAGGAUGGGAUGCACGCUCUCUGUCCUGUUGUGAAGCCUAUUUGUAUAUCUUGUAAUACUUGAAUGUACACUAGGGAGCUUUAUUACUGUCCUGUAAACUUCUAGCAUCAAAGUUGUGUUUAAUUCCUUUUUUUCUUGCCACAUUGCCAGUUUGUAGACAUUCACGUGGUUAUGUUAUAUAUAUGGUGCUUUCUUUGUGACAAGUGUGUAGUUAAAGGUGCAAAAGUGAUAUUCAGAGCAUUAACAAAGCAACAAGGUCAUGACCUCCCCUACCCCCCGCCCUGAGGUAAACCCUGUUUGCCUGGUUAGUACUGCCGUUCCCAUGUUGAGAGCCGCGAGGAAGCAACAGACAUGUUCUGAAUUUUAUAUAGAGGGCCUUUAGGUACACACAGUGUCGAUGAUUUUUUUUUUUUUUCUUCAAAUGCUUGAAAUAACACAGACCGGAAACUGGACAAUAAUUUAAAGCAUAUUAAGCAAUCUUACGUUGCAUGUGUCAGUUUUUCAGCCAAGCAGAGGUAUGCACAGUCUUUUGUGGGUUUACAUGUUUGCCUUUUUCUCACAAACCUCAAGAGAAACUACAAACUCUAAUAAUAAUUUGGAUUGUCUUUGUCCAUCUUCUCCUUUUGGUACUCGUAGACUGCCCCAAGAAAAUAGUUUAUGGAAAAUGAUUUACUCCCAUAUUUGAAAAUAUGUACUCAAUUUUCCAUUAUUGCUUUUUACAUAGAUCUCAUUAGCUUUUGAGUUGUAUUUUUCCUUUUUCAAUGUCUGUGUUCUAUGCUUUGCAUGUGCAUAUGUUCUUCAUUAGUCAUUUGUGUUCACCUUUUUAGUGACAACACUUCAGUGCUUUAGUUAACGUCAUACAUGAUGAUCCCAUGCCCUUGUCCAGCCCUUUAUCAAAUGUGUUAAAACAGCAGCCUCUUGCCCUGUCUCCUUGUUGGUAUGAGAUUAGAAAAUGUAUAGAUUGAGCCUUUUAUUUAACGGGAUACCCCUGAUUUAUAUAUAAAUAUAUAUAUAUAAGUCAAGCACAAACCUUUUGAAUGGUGAUCUUCACACACAGGGUAGAGUAUUGGCAGACAGGCAGACUUUUGUUUGGUUAAACCUAAGAUGUCUUCCAUGUCUCUGAGGCCUCCGUAAUCCCACAAGAUUUGCAUCAAUCCCUGUCGGCAGUCUGCAGUGUGACCUAGAUUAGAGACGGGCACUCAUCUUAUAUGGAGAGCAUUCAUACAACCCACACCUGUAAACAAUGUCAAUAAGUGAAGGAUGUUUUAUGACAUAGGUAAAUUUACUUAAAAUAUCUAUGAAUUUUGUUAUCAUUCAUUUUAAUUUGUGUUUGCAUUUGUUGCAUAAGAAACCGAUGGCCUUAAACGUGUUGUGACGAAUGCAGACUAAUUCCCAAAGUUAUUUAUCAAGUCUGUUCGAUUAAAAAAAAAAAACUCCUACACAGAACUUUCAUGAUUUCCAUUUACUAAACUUAAAUACAAUCAUGGACGUAGAGUUUAAGUAGGAGGCAUUUUGGCAAUCGUAGAAUUUUGUACAACUUUGCACAAUGAAAACUAUUGUCUAGUCAUUUUCUGUUUCAGUCAUGCUUUGCAUGUCGGGGGUCAGUAACAGAUAUUGAUACUGUGGUGCUUUAUAAGCUCAACAUUCUGUCGCCUCUUUCUCUGUCUGUGUUGUGCAAGGAGCACAGUUAUAAAUGACACAAUUAUUUUCUCACUUCUGAAUUGUAUUGUACUCUUUACUCACUCUUUGCACACAAGUUCUUAAAUAUUUCUGUUAUAGUGUAGGUCUGUAUAAAAUGCUAAAGACUGUGUUAUAAAUGAAAAAUAAAUGUUUUAAAACAG